AUGGGCAUGAAGCUUAUCCCAUACAAGCAACAUGUGGAAGAUCUAAGCAAACGAUUCAAGUCUAUUGAAUUCAGGUACAUCCCUCGAUUCCACAAUGAGUUAGCUGAUGCGCUAGCUACCUUAGCGGCAAUGUUGCGAUAUCCGGGUAAUGUCCAUAUUGACCCAUUGGAGAUCCAAAUUCGAGAAAGACAUGUCACUUUCAAAGUCGUCACCAAGAAAGCGGUGGUAGACUUCGUACAUUCCAAUAUCAUUUAUCGUUUUGGUAUUCCUAAAACUAUCAUUACAGACAAUGCUGCAAAUCUGACUAGCCAUUUGAUGAGGGAGGCAUGCAAAAAAUUUAAGAUCACGCAUCGUAACUCUACCCCUUAUCGGCCUAAAGCUAAUGGUGAUGUUGAAGCAGUAAACAAGAAUAUCAAGAAGAACCUCAGGAAACUGAUCCAAAGUUCUAGACAAUGGCAUGAAAAGCUCCCUUUUGCAUUAUUAGGAUAUUGCACAACCGUGCGCACAUCAUUUGGGGCAACACCCUAUUUAUUGGUUUAUGGCACUGAAGCCGUAAUACUUGCAGAAGUUGAGAUUCCCUCUCUUCGAAUCAUUGUUGAAGCCGAGAUUAAGGAUGAUGAAUGGGUCAAGACCCAUUUAGAAUUAACCAUGAUUGACGAAAAGCGGAUGGUUAUACCUUAA